AUGGCGUAUACCGCAGUUCCGCCGGCGCUGGCCACCGUGCCUUCCGCAUUCAGCUUCAACACCUCCGCCUUCGAGUGUCCACAAACAAACGCGAGUCCGCGAGCAUCGGCAUAUCGUCGCCCGGAGACUCCGCAGCUCACUCUGCACGAGUAUCGCAGGUUCCAGCAGUCGCCGGUGCUGUCAGCUUCACCCGAACUUGACCACAGGCGCCUCAGGCGGAAGGCCUCGUCUGCAAACCUCGCCGGCAGCCCGCUCGCUACAGCAUUCGCGUGGGGUCCGAGCUCAAGCUUGCCAGACCGUGUCGAGUCACAAGCUUCUCGCAGCUUUCUUCCCUCCUUUCUUCCACCACCACCGACGACACCUGAGGUUCGACCCGCAACAGGCUCGCCAUCUUUGUCGUCCACUGUCACAACACUCCAGUCUACUCCAACACACACGCCCGACUGUCGGCGCGUAAGUGCGUAUCCGCACGAGACACACCACCAGCACGCCCAGUGCGCGGUGCCAAUCUCUUCCAAACGUAAGUUCACUAGCUUUCAGCACGCCAAGCGGUUUCCGCGGCGAGCAGACAGCAGCAGUACAGAGGGUGGAAACGGGUUGUGGGAGGUCUACGCAGAGGUGUUCGACCUCGCGCAGAGUGACGGCGAAGGCGCGGCAGCGCACGUGACUGUGGAUCGAGAAUCUUCGGGGAAGCUUUGGGAGCCCACUGACACAGCUGAGCCGGUCGCGAGGAGAGAAAGGUGCGUGCGAUUUGAAGGCGUUGGUGACUUGGCAGGGAACGCCGGCGACAGCGCAGCAGCAGCAAGCAUUGGUGAAGAGAAGGAUUCGACCGCCACUUCGACGUUUUCGCUAUCCAAGUUCGAAUUUCCAGCUCCUCCCGGGCACGACAACUGGGGAGUCGCCACAGGUAAGUCUACACGUACUCCUACCCAUGCUUCACCAAGCGCUGACAUUGUACACAGAUAAUCUGAAUUCGCCAAAAUCGCCGUACAGUCCAGCCACUCUACAUCUGCACGGCACGUCUUUCGACCUCGUCAAUCCGCACGACUCACUGCUAGUCGGUGUGCACCAGCUCGAGACGCCAGCUGAGAUCGACGGCCUCCUCGACGACUAUUUCGACCAAGGCGUCGAAGACGACAUUAUGGAGUCCAAGCAGCGUGCCGGAGAGAGACCACAGGAGCCGUCGCGCGUAGACAGCAACGGCUCUCGGCGUAAACUCUAUGAAGACGCCGACAGUGCUCGCCGCAACAUCCUGAAUGUGGAGCCAGAUCUCACGGCUCCUCCAAAAGCUCGCCUGGCGGACGAUUCGCCGCUGGCGUACAAGUCUGCACCGUCUCUCGUGCGGAAAAACACGAAUCCAUAUCGCAAGCACCCGUCCGUUCGCAUGGCCGCGGAGUCGCCUCUUGGAGAUGGCGAGUCGCCGGCAUCAAACAGUGAGCUCAUCUAUCCGCUCGGACGAGGCGAAUGAAGGCUGACUCUUACGUAGUGACGGUCAUUCACCGGGAGCGAAAGGGCCGCUCCCAAGCGUCCGAUCCAUUCGAUCUCACGAUCAGUGAGAGUGGGAGCAGCUCCCACCUCCCGGGGGGUGACCUGGGGCUGCGCGAGGACGCCUCGCCGCCUAGUGAAGGCGGCCUACAAGGAGGCACAGAUCCUCAAGCGUAUGUUCUCCUAUCAUGUCGUUCCCGUUUAAAGAGUGCACUUACGAGAGCUUUUUCCACACAGGCCAUCCUCCGAGGAGAACGAAUCUAGCUUGCGGACCAUCUUCGACGGGUACGAUUAUACCCGAACCCAGGAUGUGGCUCCCAGUAGCACAGAGGUCGAGCAAGGUCUCGGAGAUGGCACGCAAAAAGUCGACAUCACCAGCGAGCGGACCUAUGGCGACACCAACGAGCUUCUGCGCAUGACGCCCGCCAUCAUGCCGGUCGGCCAAGCGGUCAGCCAAUAUCUCGCGCGAGCCUCCAGCAUCUACCCCGAGCAGCCGGAAGACAACGAAAGCGUAUGGUACACGGAGUACACAGCUUCCCACCAUGACCUUCGCGGUCAUAACGGACGACUCAGACCAAUCUCUUCCGAUAGUUACGCCAACACCAGUGAUGGAGGCCUAGAGUACGACGAUUUCCCCACCAUCGCAAAGCGGCCGCAGACGCACGGAGGUGUCGCCCCCCAGCUACGGGGCGACUGGCUCAACGACUCGUUACCUGCAUUCCGGAAGGCUCAAGAAGAGACACAGCAUCAACGCGACGUGCAGAAGGCCACCGACUUGCUGCUAACCGACAACGAGGAUUUGAUAUCACAGCUGGGCUCGAAAGAAUGCGACCCCAUUCCAUAUGGAGAGCGGCGCAAUGCAAAUCUCUUGGCAUUGAAGCAGCUUCGCGAAGAGAACCCUGCGGCUGUCCGUGAGGCAUCAGUAUUUGUCAGCGAACAAGCUAUGCGAGCACAGGCAUCCAUUCAUCCAGGUGCUUUCGACGCAAACGACAUACCGCGAGAGCAUGACAAUAAACUCCAGAAGAGAACAAGCCCGUUCAAGUCGCCGCUUGUGGCUGGAAAGGUAGACAAGGGAAAGGGUCGCGCUCGCACAGACUCCUUCGGUUCCGGCAGGCAAUUGAUUGGGCGCGCAUCUCCAGCAUCUUUGGGCGGAGGAAACCAAGAAUGGAGUCAUUCCCAGAGUUCUUUUGUCCGCAGAGGCGACGCGAAUCUGGGCGAUAUGUGGACUCCAUAUGGAGAGGAUGCCACAGCGAGAGCCCUGCAGUCACGAGGCUUUGACUCAAGCACCGGAUCGGGAUCGAUGCCGGGUCGUCGACCAGGUAUUGACUACGGAAGUCGACAAGGCAGCAGGGCCAAGGGGCCGUCGCGGACUGCUAUGGGCGGCCAGACGGAGCUUCGCGAGCUAUCACUGCCCAAGUCGAGGAGGUCGCCAGGCCGGCUUUCAGAUCGCGAACUCGCCAAGAGAAGCCAACACUGGAGCAUGGAGCCACGCCCAUCCGACUCGGGCAUCCACCAUCAGUCACCCGGCGACGCCACAAUCACGACGACCCGCCAAGGCCCGGUGCAACACCAAUCUGGUCUUGAGCACAUGCUUCGCUUCGGCGAGCCCAUUCCCUCGUCUCGAGAGGUCGAGUGGAGGUCCAAGUAUCAUGCCAUUCUCUUCGCUUUGCUCUUCCCGCCAUUGGCUCUUGUCUUUGGCUGCGGUGGGCUCGAUUGGUUCAUUGACUGGCAUACCAACGGUCGGAUUAGAAAGUACGCUCGAAAGCAGAAGCGUAACGCCAUGGUCUACAUCUUCCCAGCUGCUGUCUUGUUCUGGGCCUUCUGGAUCGUCAUCAUUGUCUAUUUCGGCAUUUUCGUCAGCAAGGAUAAGAAGGACGCCGAGCAGGCUGCCUGGGGCCCACUGAGUGAUGCCAACAGCAUCAGCUUGCGAGGCUAA